UUAGGAAUAUCAGAUUGGUUACUUUAAUAGUUGUAUACAUUUUCUUAGUUUGCAGUUUUAUUUUACAAACAGCAGUUUAAAAACACUUAAAAUGGUGCCUUCCCCAUUUCCAUCUCCAACUUUGUUCUGUGUCUUCAUGAAAAACUAUCUUGCACAUGUCAUGCAGCACAUGCACUAAGCUGCACCCCCAGCCCAUGUGUUCUGUCAAGGUUUAAGUUAUGUUCGGAGACCCUGCCAUGUCUUUUGUACAACUACCAACCAGAGGAUUGGCCAGCAGUUCUGGGUAAGGCAGAAAGGGGUUCAGGUCCCUACAGUGGAGGAAGGACAGGAAAGUCAUUUCUAUCUAGGCCUGUUCAUGUGCAAAAGGUAGGUGAUGUACACCGCUCCUCAUAUUGUCCUGAGGACUAGAAACAAUGUAGGUUGUUACCUGGCACAUAUAGAAAGCUACCACCUUGGCAGCACUAAUAAAUUUAAAUUUGCAGGCUCCUUACCCAGUAAAUUUACCCCUAUUUUUUAAAUUGGAGAUGUUGACACUGCACUUUGGGUCUCGAAAGAGCUUUCGUUUCAAAAAUCUUGAUCACUUGAGGGAAAAAUAAAUGAGUUUUUGGUUCUGUGUUUAUAGAGUGAGCAUUCCUAUGGGUACCAGCCAAGCAAACACGAUUUGCACCUCAGUGAAAGGCGUGUUUGAAUGUUUCCGCCUAGAAAGGGAGGACCCUACAGACAUGCGGGCUAAGAAUCUCGGGUUCAACUUUAUUUGUAGGCGUGGAGCCCACUCGGUGUAAGAGUGGUGGGGCACACAGGAGAGUCUGGGUCCCGGAAGCCGUGGCGGACACUGGGUGCCGCUUUCUCUCCCCGCUUUCUGGUGGCUGGAAGAUCCCCGCAGAGACUGUCGGUCUGCAACAGGUUCGCAAAGAGCCGGAGGAGCCCCUCGGCCGGCCUCGCAGCCUAUCAGCGGCCCGGGGCGGGGCCGCCACACCUGCAGAGCGGUGACAUCAUCGCACCCGGGAGGUUUCCGAAGGCUCGGCCAAUGGGGCGCGGGCGCAGCGGCUUUCCCUGUGCCAUGCUCACCCAAUGCCGGCAGGGCCCGAGGGGGCGCGGCCGUAGGCGGAAGACCAAUGGGAGACAGGUAGGAACACGAGGCGGAGUUGCGAGUCUUGGGGCCAAUAGGAAGGAGGGGGCGGGACCCGGGUCUUGUCAAGUCCGGCCAACCAGUUGGAGGGGCGGGUCUGAGGGCAGGGCCUCAGAAGCUCCUCCAAUCGCGAUGGGAUGUGGGCGGGGCGUGCUGCGGGCAGCCCAAUGGGAACGGCGGCUGGCACGGGCCUGGCAGGGGCAGGGGCCGGGGGCGGGCGGCGGCGAGUCGGGAUAAACACUCGGCGGCUGGGCUCCGUGUUCUCCCUGCGUCUCAGAGUGCUACUGUCCCGGCUGGCCAGCGAGGCAGCCCUUGGCGUUCCGGUGGCCUGCCCGGUGCAGGAUGGCGGCGGCCGUUCGGAUGAACAUCCAGAUGCUGCUGGAGGCUGCCGACUACCUGGAGCGGCGGGAGAGAGAAGCUGAACACGGGUAUGCCUCCAUGUUACCGUACAACAAGGACAGAGAUGCCUUCAAGCGGAGGAACAAAUCCAAGAAGAAUAGCACCAGCAGCAGAUCAACUCACAAUGAGAUGGAGAAGAACAGACGUGCUCACCUCCGCUUGUGCCUGGAGAAGUUGAAGGGAUUGGUGCCGCUGGGCCCUGAGUCAAGCCGACAUACCACACUGAGUCUGUUGACAAAAGCCAAAUUGCACAUAAAGAAACUUGAAGAUUGUGACAGAAAAGCUGUUCACCAAAUAGACCAGCUUCAGCGGGAGCAGCGGCACCUGAAGAGGCGGCUAGAGAAGCUGGGCAUGGAGAGGACGCGGAUGGACAGUGUGGGCUCUGCGGUGUCCUCGGAGCGCUCCGACUCGGACAGAGAAGAGCUGGACGUGGACGUGGAGAGCACAGACUACCUCACUGGGGAGCUGGACUGGAGCAGCAGUGUGAGCGACUCUGACGAGCGCGGCAGCAUGCAGAGUAUGGGCAGUGAUGAGGGCUACUCCAGUGCAGGCAUCAAAAGAGCCACUCUCCAGGACAGUCACAAGGCGGGCCUUGGGCUAUAGGGAAAGGCUGCCCAACCUCCCCGUGGAUCUGAUUAGGUAGUGUACCAGACUUGCCCAGAUGCCCCUGCACACAAAUCUCAUGUACCAUCUUGACCAAAAUCAACCUUGUCCACUUUUCAGAAAAUGCGUAGGACGUUGGUUCUGAAUGCUCAGCACCUUCUCUCCAUACACGCUGACUCUGAGAGACUGUACAUUCCAGUCAGCUCAAAGCACCCAAGAAUUCUUAGCCUGAAUAAACACGUUUCCCUUGCAGCAGCAUCCCCCGUGCACUGUCCUCCCACAGCUGACCAUCUUAGUUUCCAGCUCAUGAUGGUACUUACCUAGGAGAGAAGUCCAACCCAUCUUGCAUAGGAAACCGCAGCAGACAAGCUUCUCAAGAGAUCUAAACUCGGAACUCCAGAGGGAGCUUUGAAAGCAGGAUGGAAGGCUCCCUACCCUGUGAAAAGUCAGGAGGGACUCCAGAAAGCCAAGCGUCCCACUACAGAGGACACCCCACAGCGAGCCUUUGGGGUCCCAGCUCAGGAGAACUGCCAUUCUAGGGACCUGGCUGUGUGCUGUGUCUCCAGGCGCACACCCCUAGGUUUGUUGAUUCUGCUUGUCUCUGGAGCAUUUUCCUACCUCAGAGAUAGAUGAGAUCUCCAUUUCCCACGUAACAAAAGUGAUUAUGCCUCUUUUUCCCCCUCAGAUGAGCAGCAUUUGAUCCCAUUCUAAUCUAUUUUCCUGUUGAACUUUCAGCAAUAACUGAGCUUUGGCACUGACUGAGCUAACAGCCACUGUCCACAAGAGAGUCAACAAUUCUGCUCCGUGGCAGGUGAACAGGAGGGGCCUCACAGGCUCUCCAGCACCCUCCUGCUGGGUUGUUUUUUGGAUAUACCCAGAAGCUUCUGUUUGGAGACUUCUGGGCUGAUGGUUUAAAAGGCUGGUUUUUUUCCCCUUCCCAGCAUUUUUAUUUAAUCUGAACCAGAGCACAUGUAUAUGUACAUAAGACACAAAAUCUAUAAAUAUUAUUUAUUCAUUUUAUAUAAACUAAUGUAAUGAAAAAUAAAUUCUUAUGACUUUGUGCUUUUAUAGAUAUUCUAAAAACUUUGUACAUAGGUAUCUACAAAAUUGGUUCAUUCCUCUGAAUAUUUUUGCAUUCAUAUUUUUGAGGUCUGGAUGUUUCCUGCCCCCAGGGAAUCUUUUUCAUUGAGUCUGAACCAUUUGUAAAAUCUGUGCCACUGGCUGCAGCCAAGCAUGUGUCAUGGAGCGAUGGAACAUUCCUAGGAUCCAGAGGCAUCACACAAGUGCUCCACACAGAGUCAGCAGCUUGCAACCACACUCCAGGGCACACCCCAGCCUUGCAGUACCCCUCCUGGUCCAAAAGCGCCCUGGCAGAGCUCAGCUACCAUGAAGAACAGUCCUAACAAUGCAAGGGCACUUCUGUGGAUUUCUUUUUUUAAUGAUUCUUUAAUGUGCUAACAUUUUUAGAUUGAAAGUUGUGGGUCCCUGGAUGAUUCCAGUCACCUGUCAUCUGUUUUUGUUCAUUCUGGACUUUUCCUUCAUUUCUGCUUCUGGUUGAGGGAGGGGCAGGUGACACAAAAACUUUUUUUUCUUGUUGGAGUUUUUCCAACUACCAGCUGAAAAUUUGCACUGAGACACAGCAUGGAUGCCUUUCACAUUUUCAAAGCCCGCUUCCAGUCUGAGCAGAGCAGUAGUGUUCAAGGAGCCAACAUGGCCAUCCUGCCGAAGAAGAUACUUGUGCACUUUGAGGUCCCCUACCAGCACCUGCCAGACCUCGCAAGCAUCCUGUCUGAUCACUGCAUCCAAGCGAGCGCCUUACAAGCCCACAAUGCCUCAGGGCUUUGGAAACUCAAGACUGUGGGAAAGCUUGUGGGCUUGCACUGGGGAGGGAGGGGGACAAAACUUAUGUACUUGUUUAUUUCACUUAAAAAUAAGGUGUCUGAGAGAUGCCAUUUUCUGUGUUUUCAUUGUUGCACCAUUGAGUUAAACUGUUUUUUGUCUUUCUGUUGAAAUAAUAAGUGUACUGUCCCAACAUAAAGCAGUAAUUAUUUGAC